AUGGAGAGGAGAAAAAAAGAGAUGAUUCUGAUGGAGAGAGGUCUACACAGUCCCGUGUCUGGCAAAAGGCUCUCAAACCUGUCAGACUCGGCUGGAAAUUCAGUGUUGGAGGCCCUUGAAAAUGCUCAGCACAGUGAUCGACUAAACCCGACAAUAACUUCCGCCUCGCUUCAUGGAAGUCUCGGGGAUAUUCCAAACAAAGGCAAGUUCGAAACGGACAGACUUUUCGGUGCCCACCACAACAGCGAGAAUAACUCCUCAGCGGAGAUUUCCUUGUCAGAAAGCAGAAAAAAAAUCCGCUUGUACCCUGAAGUUUCUCAAGACUCAGACAUGAACAGUGAUGUGGAAGUGGGAUGCCCAUCGUAUCGUUCCCCGAGCCAACACAAGGAAAACAACAACAAAGGUUUUUCUGACAAUAAUUCUGGAGGCUCCAACACAAAUUCAUCCUCCCUUUCCAAUCUUAACGGCAAUGGAAUGUGUUCAAACAUGUCAAAUGCGGAUCAGGUGAGAAGGUACCGGACUGCAUUUACCAGAGAACAAAUAGGAAGACUGGAGAAAGAGUUUUACAGGGAAAAUUACGUCUCAAGACCAAGAAGAUGUGAACUUGCCGCAUCACUCAAUCUACCUGAAACUACAAUAAAGGUAUGGUUCCAGAACAGGCGGAUGAAGGACAAGAGGCAACGUUUGGCAAUGUCUUGGCCCCAUCCAGCAGAUCCAAGCUUUUACACCUACAUGAUGACGCACGCGGCAGCCACCGGAAGUCUACCGUACCCUUUCCAUUCCCACAUACCUCUGCACUAUUACCCGCAUGUGGGUGUCACAGCAGCUGCCGCUGCCGCUGCCGCAGCUGCGUCUGGUGCUGCAGCGUCACCUUUCACUACCUCCAUUCGCCCUCUCGAUACUUUCCGUGCACUCUCCCAUCCUUAUUCACGCCCAGAGCUUCUCUGUGGCUUCAGGCACCCAGGACUUUAUCAGUCACCCUCAGGCCUCAAUAGCUCUGCGGCAGCAUCAGCAGCAGCGGCUGCAGCAUGUGCAGCUGCGGUCAGCGCACCAUCGGUCACUGGGCCAUGCUCGUGCCUCAGUUGUCACAGCAGCCAGGCGGCCAGCGCGCUAGGCUCCAGAAGUACCAACACUGACUUCAACUGCACCGCAUCCGGGCAAAGGUCCGAAAGUGGAUUUUUUCCGUAUUCUGCCGCUGUCCUGAGCAAAACGUCGGCUCCAUCACCAGAUCAGAGAGAGGAAUCUUCACUAAACAGAUAACUUCAUCGUGUGGAAGAUCUAAAUCAAGUGCAGUUGGUUCUGUUUUCUGCUUUGCUAUUAGUUUAUACAUAGGCCUACAUCUACGACUCCAAUAUUUGGAGGACAAAUAAAGGUAAUUUCAAAACAAUUAGCAUAAUUCGCUUUUUUUUUUUAAAGAAGCCAAAAGGUGUUAACAUUGGUAAGUGCUAAAUUGACAGUAAUUUAACGGACUAUUUUGUUCGUGCGUCGGUGAUGAAGCUUUAUUCCUGUGCCUUAAAACCUAGAAAUAACUAUCUAAUUUAGUGAUAGGCCCACGGUACUCGUGAUUUAUCCACUUAUAUCAAAUAUAUUUUCUAUCAAUUAUCUUAUUUUCGAAUUUCCCAGUUAUAUUUUGGUCUUAAUUUAAGGCACUGUAAAAGUAAGCAUUUUUAUGUAUUUAUUAUUGUUCUCUGCAUUUAUCAAAUCAAUGCUGGGCAUUGCUUUUCUCUAUGAAAUAUUGGUACGUGUAGAUUCGUUAUUAAUGUAGGUUAUGGUGAGAAUCAUAUUUACAUUAUGUGCCACAACAACUACUACUGAAUAAUAACCGGUACAGUUCAAGGGAUAUUCCUAAUCUUCAAGUAAGGUGCAUAGAAUUUUGCACCGCUUCGAACUUGUCAGUAAUGAUGUUGAGAAUAGAGGAUUAUGGCGAAAAUUGCCAAUCUUGUACUUUCACUCCUCGUUCUGAGACCCGCUGUCGGGUGCUAAUAACCCCCUGAGGGAAGUCAUUAGACAUGACAGAUAAAAGACUUGGAACAUACAACAUUGUUCUUGGUGCUUAGAUUGUACCGUAAAAUGUGACAUUCCUUACAUGUGAAGGUUUAAAAAAAAAAGUGUACUCGGUAGAGCCAAUGUUCGUUUCAGUUAGAAGUUGGAUCCAGCAACUGCCCUUUACACUUUUCCUGUUAUAUUUCCGUUACAUGUUAUAUGGAGCAACCUUGUUCAAUUAAAAACGGUAUUUCCAUUCUUUCCCAAUCUGGCCCCCUUCACUCAACAGACAGUACAUAUCGUUCAAAUAGUUUUCAACCAAAAUAUUUACCGCUGUGGAUUGGAAAACGACCCAUGACGUGUAAAUUACAUUUCUUAUAUAUAGAUAUUAAUAAUUUAUCUGACUUGUUGAAUGUUUAUUCAAUUUAAAUCCGUAUACACUGGAGAUCAUACACGCCUAUUUCACCAUAACUUUUGACUAUUAUAUUGUAAGGUAAACAUGCUUCUAUGGCAACAAACAAACCAAAUAAGUCGUAUGCAAAAUACACGUUAUAAGUCCAUACAUGUAAAAGGCGAGAGUACAUGUUGUACUACAUUGAAACAAGGCCUCCAAGGGCUGAUAAAAGGAUAAGUGAAAGCUGUUUAAAAAGGUUGAAAUAAUGAAAUACUAGUGUAUUGCCCUAUGUCCCCAGGGUCUCUGAGAUACAUGGAUCUGUAUAUUAUAUCUCUGUGUUUAAAAUAUUACCAACUGUAUGAAUUUACACAUUUUAACUUGAGAAAAAAAUGUGUAAAUAUCUUUAUGUAAAUCAUGUCAUUUAUUGAUGAUGUUUGUUCUUGGGAAAUAAAUCUUUUUUUUUAAA